ACGUCAUUUGACUGAAACAGAAAGAGUUCUCAGAGUCAUCUGGACAAUGUUACGCGCAGAAAGUCUCUGAUCCAGAAGGGUUAGAGGAGUUUGCUUUUGUUUAUUUAUAAAUUCUGCAUCAGUGGAGUCAUAUGGACAUGGCUGCAUAUAAAAUCUAAGUAGGCCUAUGCACUGCAACAGUCCAGCGAAGUGUGUAUUGAAUCGGACGUGAAUUUUACCCUCUAGUGCACCCUGAUCCAAAGCAAGCCAUUACAGUGGAUGACACAGCCAAGAGCAGCAUCCACGAGCGCUUUUCAGCUGCGAGGAACAGGAGAACAUUUAACUCCAUCACGAGGAAGAGACUGAGGAUGUAAGAGAAAGAAAAGACGGAAAAAUAAAAGGAGGACCGCAGAUGUCGUGUGUGUGUAGGUGUGACGCUGUCUGGCGCGCACUAAUGACAAUUUAUUUGCGUUUCCUGUCACUGUUUUUGGACUAUUGAACGCCAGGACCCACGGGAGAAAGACUCGUCAGCGUGCAUUCGUCGGGAUAUGUGAAGAUAACCUAAUUCAAACCAGAUUAAUAUCAUGUAUUGCACAAAAUAGCAUAUGUUGUUAGUUAUAGGCGCGCGCCUUGGCGAUGUUUUGAUCAAAAACUAUUCUGAUAAAAUAAAUAUUCAAAUAAAACAAAAGACAGAUUAGACCUGGAGGGCUUAAAAUACACAAAUCUACAUCAACAAGGCAUGGCUCUGAGACCCACUCUUAUCUUCAUCCUCUCUCUGAUUGGCUGCUGUGCUCUCGAGGACACACCUCAGGUUAAAGCUCCUCCCUCUCCUCGAGGGUGUGGGGCCGCUGUGGACCCGCCCUACCAUGUUCUGUGUGACCUGGAGUCGGUAUGGGGCGUGGUGCUAGAAGCCAUAGCGUGCGGUGGUACAGUAUCAUCUUUGAUUCUAGUCGUGACUCUCUUAGCGAAGCUCAAAACGGUGACUGAACCCGAUAAGCGAUGUGGCGUUGGUCCUCUCCUCCUCCUAUUGGCCGGAACGGUGGGUCUUUUCAGCCUAUCACUGGUCUUCCUGGUCGGGCGUGGCGAGGUGAUGUGCGGGGUGCGUCGUGGGCUGUGGGGGACGUUGUUUGCGCUGUGUUUCUCGUGUUUGCUGGUGCAGGGGCUACGACUGAAGAAGCUGGCAGCAGGGAGGCGGAGCCCGGCAGGGAGCUCUCUCGCCGGAUUGGCUUUCGGACUGACGGUGGUCCAAGGGAUCAUCGCUGGGGAGUGGCUGCUGCUGACGGUGGUCCGCCAGGGACACGAGGCCUGUGAUUACCUGCCUUUAGACUUUGUGCUGGUGUGUUGCUACGCUGCAGUGCUGUUGUUGGCGGCCACCGUCUUGUCCUUGGGAGUCGUCCUGUGUGGAGGCGGCAACAGGGAGGAGUCCAACAGGAAAACAAUGAAAUGGAGGUGUAACGGCGUUUGGCUUUUCCUGUCGUGUCUCACGUCUCUUCUCGUCUGGGUCGCCUGGCUCACGCUCUAUCUCUACGGCAACGCGGCCAUCGCAACUGUACCGAAGGGCUGGGACGAGCCAGCUUUGGCGGUCGCCUUGGUGACAGAGGGAUGGGUCCUGCUGUUAUUCCACGCCAUCCCAGAAACUCAACUGUGUUUGCGUCCGGCGGAUCAGAGGAACGCAGACGGGGGGCAGAACUACUACGACACCCCUCAGCCUCCCAGCGUGCAGGGUUACCACGACGACGAGCGGACGACCAAUCCCAGAGCUUCUUAUGCAGAGAGUCAGGCGUACUCUGUGGAGGAGCAUAGCACAGUUCUGCAGGCUGGCGGGUAUCACAACGGACUGAUCCGACCCGCUGUGCCGUUCCGUAGUCAUGUUUAUCAGCCCACUGAGAUGGCAUUGCUCAUGAAUGCAGGAACGAUCCCAAGUGCCCCUCCAAACUUCACCGGAAGGCAUCUGUGGUGAAAGUGGUUACCAUGGCAAUAAUGUCCUCUUCCUCCCUGUGAGGAUGCACUUUGAGUGACUUGGUCAACAGGCACUUUAAAAAAGGUGAAGUGUGUCAUUUCUGUGCCUCCAAUCAGUUUGUUUGAGAGACAGCAUCAGCAACAUUGGCUUAACCGAUAGCAUGAGUCUGGGGGCGGGAAUAUCAGUCUUAGCCUCAGAUGACAUGCAGAUCGCCCAGUCUGGUCACCCUGAUGUAUUUUGCACAUGUAAAACAACAACCCAAAACAAAAUCGGCUGGUUCUGACUUGACUUUGCUUGUCAAUCAAACAAUCACUUUUGGGUGAGAAUAAACUCACCUGUAAACUUUCAAUUUUUUUGAUGCUACAAGUGUCACAGAAAUUAUACUUCACCUUUACGGUUCCAUGUUAAAUAAUGUGGAAAUCCUUUUAUCAUGAACCCUUAUGGAAAUUAACCCUGGUUUUAUUGAAGCAAAAAUGUUACAGUCUUUUGCGGGAGUAUUGAUUACCAAUUGUAUAAAUAUGAUUUCACAACAACUACUAUGUUUAAUUUUUGUAAGGGAAAGUUAAAGCUGACUUAAAUUUUAUACACAUUUUGAACAUGGGGGUAGGCAAAUUUUGCACUAGAUGUUUUUAAGUGGAUCUCUCUUAAGAACAUUGGACACUAUAAAAGAAGACUCCAUUUAAACUUUAUCCAUUUUUAAGAUAAAUGCAGAGAAGAAGAAUUACUUAUUUGGAGACAGAGAGAAGACAUGAAUGUAAGAGUGAAACAGAAUGACAUAAGAAUUGAAAAAAUUUCCUGUGAUAACAUUUUAGUCAUUUCUAGCCUUCAAAUAUACAAUCAAAACCUGUUUAAAUGGCUAAAUUAAUGUAUUUAUUUGUACAAAUUGUUCACUUUUAAUUUUGGUUUUCAAACUUUUAAAAGAGUCAUAUGGCGUGAAUACGUAAUUGGUGUGUCAUAAAUUGCCCAUGCAUGUAUUAGACAAGUAAAAUGGCAAAAAAAAUAGUUUUGGAGCAAAAGAUGCAUUCUAUCUAAAAGUGAAUGCUCACACAGACCUGCCUGAAACGCCUGGUGUAACCACACCCCACAAAUCUCUGUCAGUUCGUGGUAUGAAUUGACUACAACAGCCCAAAUGUACACGCAAGCUGUCAGUUCAAUUGCUUUGGAAUCUGAUGUUCGUUACAUUUCCGUCACAUGCUUGCAGUUUUCGACCAAUCACUAUGCACUGGUUAACUGGCCAAUCAUAGCACAGCUCGCUUUUCAGAGCGAUGAGCUUUGUAAAAAAUCUGCGCGCUUCAGAGAGGCUGGGCAAUGAGGAGAUAAAAACAUGCACGGUAUGUAGAAAAUACUGCAUUUUUAACCUUAAAUCGUGUAUAUACAUUGCAAUACAUCUAAAACUAACGAUAAUAUUCAUUUUAGCCGUGUCAUAUGACCCUUUUAAAUAACAUCCCUGCUGAAAAAAUACAAAUUGCACUUGUUUUCAUAAACCAUAAUCUGUUUACCAUUAUAAUGUCAAUAAUGUUGUGAGUUUUGAGUCGUGUUUCUGUAGGAUAACAUCCCAAUAAAGCACAUUGCCAGUACAGCUACACAAACACCAUUGUUUCCAUUUAAACCACUACAAUAACCAUUAUAAAAAUAAAUAUCAUAAAUAUUUCUGUGAUAGCAACAUUUUUUCAGCAGAGAUGCACAUUUUACAAACUUUGCACGCUUAUAGUCAAUCUUCAUGCAAACUGUACAUCUGUCGUUGUAUUUCAGAACAGUCAGCACAUCUAUGACGUGUUUGAACUCGUAAGGCAAUACUGUGUUUAUCAUGUCGUUUUUUCUAGCACACAAAUCAUAAUAUGUCGAUAAAUGCUGGUGGUUAGACGAUAUGUAUUCGACUUUACGCAGCGCUGCGCAGACCGAUUUGCGUAUUGCGUUCAAAUACCGCGAGAGCUCCUACGCAACGUCAUACCCCGGUCGUUCUGCGCAUCGCCCGUGAAUACAAUUAAUGAAAAGGCAUAGAUAUAAGCACUUUAAACAGGUGUGAUGGAAAAGUUUUAAAUUUCUCUUUCUAUUGUAAUGUUGACGUGAUUUGCACAGAUUCUCCUUUUAUUUGAUGUCUA